AUGACACCGAGAGCCUCGUGGCAACCUGAAUACCACAGAAAAUUUGUGGACUUAUGCGUCAAGCACAAGGCGUUAGGGCAUUUACCUGGAAUGAAGCAUAUACUGACACCUUUUGGAAAAGAGACGGGAGCGAGGUUCACCAUAAACCAGCUUAAGAAUCAUUAUGAUAUGAUGCUCAAACUGUGGAAGGUGUGGUUAAGACUGGUUCAGUGCAGUGAUAUGAAAUGGGAUCCCCAGACAAAAAAGUUUGGUGCCACUGAUCAAGACUGGGCCAACUAUUUACUGGUGCAUCCUGAGGCUCGGCCGUAUCGGUGGGAGUGGCCUCCAUUGUUUUUCGAGAAACUAGAGGUUAUCUUUGCAGAUGUUAACAUAGAUGGUGAUGAAGAAAAUGAUACUGGAAGCGCCGCGUCUAACACAGGCCAUCCUCGGUAUAUAUGGUCGUCGUCCUCAUCACAUGAUAUUUUUGUCGAGUUAUGUUUCCAAGAGUCAUUAAAAGGAAACAAACCAACCAGACGUAAAGGAAGUUAUCCAAAGGAGACUUGGGAUAUGAUGGUCGAGACGAUGAAUCGGGAAACAGGAGCAAACUACACACCAGUGCAGCUCAAGAACCACUGGUUUAGUACAAGGCAAAACUGGAGGGAAUGGUGUGAAACUGUUGGUGCUCCCACCUUGAAGUGGGAUGCCAAUACAGGCAAGUUUGGAGCAACCAACGAGGACUGGAAGAACUACUUGAAGGUUAAUCGUAAAGCUUCAAAAUACAGAUGGAAUCCCAUCCCUCACGCUGAGAAACUAGCAACCAUCUACAGAGGUAUCGAACCUGGAAAUGCUCAACCCCGUACUUAUCGCAGGAGAGUGACCCAUCAUCAUUCUGAAGCACCACAGAUAUGGAAUCCCAUCCCUCACGCUGAGAAACUAGCAACCAUCUACAGAGGUAUCGAACCUGGAAAUGCUCAACCCCGUACUUAUCGCAGGAGAGUGACCCAUCAUCAUUCUGAAGCACCACAGAUGCAUGAACCAGCUCCCUCAUCAGCAGUCUGCAUAAACGAGCCAGUCACAGGAGGAAGUGACGAUAUAGCUGAUAAUUAUGAGGACAACGUUGACGAGGAUCAUGAGCCUACUCCGCUGAUUAGGUUAGACUUGGAGGAUGUUGAAACUGUAACUCCGGUAUGCCACAGGUUCAAUACCGAGCUGAUGGAGAAUAUUCCGGUGGAUGCAUCGACUUCGGUCAAGAAAUACGAGUAUACCAUUCCGGAAUGCAUGGAGUGUUUGGACGCCAUGGAUGAGGUUGAGAAAGGCAGUGAUCUUUACAUGUUUGCCUUGGACUUGUUUAUGACGAAGGAGCACAGGCAGAUCUUCUUGCUGUUGAAGACCUUAAGUUUGAAGAUGUCUUGGCUGCUUCGACGUCGAUACAGUGACUAA